UUCGCGUGCGUUCAAUAUCGCGGCUACGUGUGUGCUGUUGUGCCGAAGGCCAACAACGUCUUCACGUUUGUGGUGUCGAGCCAAGUGGUGACCCUCUACGGCAACAACUUCACCUAUCGCUCCAGCGACCGCUCCGCCCGCAAGUUCAAGAGCAAGCCAUCCGUCGAGCUGUGA